GUGCCAUCAAAUCUACUAGAAACACUCGAUGUUCAAUUUUGCAAAGUAAAGAUGUCAUAUUUUACUUUUGUAUUGUUCGCUGUAUUCAUGACGGUACACACUGAAGAUUGCCCAACUAAAAACCAAGUUGAAAAACCGGAAAGUCCUCUUUGUUGUGACGCAAUGGCCGAGGUAACUUGCCAAAAGAAUGCAGUUUGGUCGUCUUGCGUAUCUCUCUGUCCAGCAACCUGCACAAAUCCUACAGGAAUCCAUUGUCCUCCCAUUUCUCCGGGUUGUAUUGCAAACUGUGCAUGCGAAAAUGGUUUUGUGCUGAAUGAUAAAGGCGAAUGCGUUACGGUAGACAAAUGUCCACAAUUGUAAUAAUCAAAAUCAUCUAUUGAUUUCGCUUAUUAAAUAUUCCAUCCCUCAAAAUCGAAUUAUGAUUACCUUUUUGUGUUACUGAGGAAGAGGAAAGAAAUUGUAAUUUUUCUAUAAAUACACUUCUUUAACAUAGCACAUA